CUUACAACUUGCGAGGAGGAUUCAUCAUCUUGGUGGGUGAUGGAACCCGUACAGCCACAACUCGAUACUCUUGUCUCUGCUAAAGCAAUCCAUGGCUCAAGUGGCUGUGAUGACGACAGAAAAGAGCUCAUCACCAACAACGGAGAGUCUCAUCAGAGCUUCUCCAGCGGAGAGGAGGAGGAAGAUGAGAUGGUGGAGGAUGAAAAUAGGAGAUCUAAUGUGUCUGUGUGUUCAGUGGAAGUAGAUCUGGAGCUUGGUUUGCCUGAGAAAGCGGUGGUCCAUUUGUUGUCGGAAGAUGAGAAAGAUUGCAGAAUCUGUCACAUGAGCUUGGACUCCGUGAAUCUUGAAUCCGGUGUUCCUAUCGAGCUUGGUUGUUCUUGCAAAAAUGAUCUCGCUGCUGCUCAUAAGCAUUGUGCUGAGACUUGGUUCAAGAUCAAAGGAAACAUAAUCUGUGAAGUAUGCGGGUCCAUUGCUGGUAAUGUUAUUGGAACCGUUGAGCCGGAGACUGAGAAUAGUCGGAGUGAAGUAAACGGUACAAUGACGCAAGCUAUGAGAACAUCUGGUCCACGGUUGGCGGAAGCUAGAAGCUUCUGGCAAGGUCACCGGUUCUUGAAUUUCCUUUUAGCUUGUAUGGUCUUUGCGUUUGUAAUCUCAUGGCUCUUCCACUUCAACGUUCCCUCCACAUAGCAAAAAAGUAAGAGUCUAUCAUAAAAAAAGGUAAGAGAAGAAAAAAGGGUUAAAGAAGCAAAAGUACAUCCCUCUUGUGCCUUGUUACACUUUUAAGUUCAGUGAAGUUUAGAGAGGAGGAAAGAGCUUAAGACCUAGGAGAGCUAAGUGAUGUCGAUUUUGCGGGUUUUCAUUUCCAUCUAAAAAUGUUUUGCGGUUGCCAAUAAUGUAUAUAAAGCCUAGCUUAAUGGAAGUGCAGUAUUGUGAAGUCU